AUGGCUACUGAUUCAGGGGAGCCAGCCAGCACGGAGGAUUCUGAGAAACCUGAUGGGGUUUCGCUGGAAAACAGAGUCCAUCAGAUGGCAGCCACGCUGACCGUGGAGAGCAGACUGAAGGAGAAAGGCAGUGCCAUCUCCGCCGGGGGCGAAGCCGUCGAAAGGAAGAGAUUCUUCCGAAAGAGUGUGGAUGACAAAGUUGUGGAUUCUCCCUCCAAGGAUGCUGAGAAGACGAAGACAGCAGCAGCUACUCCAGGAGGAGAGAUGCUCCCCGCAAACGUGCUAAGAAGCGAAAAAGAAGCCAAAUUCUCGCAAGGGUCAAAAGCAACUUCAGAAGCCUCCAAAGAUUGUCCCAAGGAGAAAAAUGAAAAGGAGAUGGAAGAAGAGGCGGAGAUGAAGGCCGUGGCUACUUCUCCUAGUGGCCGCUUCCUGAAAUUCGACAUCGAGCUGGGCAGAGGAGCAUUUAAAACCGUGUACAAAGGCCUGGACACGGAGACUUGGGUUGAGGUCGCCUGGUGUGAGCUGCAGGAUCGGAAAUUAACUAAAGCUGAACAGCAGAGAUUUAAGGAAGAAGCAGAGAUGUUAAAGGGGCUCCAGCACCCCAAUAUAGUUCGAUUUUAUGAUUCGUGGGAGUCUACAUUGAAAGGAAAAAAAUGCAUUGUAUUGGUGACUGAACUUAUGACAUCAGGGACAUUAAAGACGUACUUAAAGCGAUUUAAAGUCAUGAAACCAAAGGUCCUAAGGAGCUGGUGCAGGCAAAUCUUAAAGGGGUUGCAGUUCUUGCACACUAGGACUCCUCCUAUUAUCCACCGGGAUCUCAAAUGUGACAAUAUUUUCAUCACGGGACCUACUGGAUCGGUGAAGAUUGGUGAUCUAGGCCUGGCUACCUUAAUGCGCACAUCAUUUGCUAAAAGUGUCAUUGGGACUCCUGAGUUUAUGGCCCCAGAGAUGUAUGAAGAGCACUAUGAUGAAUCUGUAGAUGUCUAUGCUUUUGGAAUGUGUAUGCUGGAAAUGGCUACUUCGGAGUACCCUUAUUCUGAGUGCCAAAAUGCAGCUCAAAUAUACCGUAAAGUAACUAGUGGCAUAAAACCAGCCAGUUUCAAUAAAGUCACUGAUCCUGAAGUGAAAGAAAUCAUCGAAGGUUGUAUUCGUCAAAACAAAUCUGAAAGGUUGUCCAUCAAGAACCUACUAAACCACGCAUUUUUUGCUGAGGAUACAGGACUGAGGGUGGAGUUAGCAGAGGAGGAUGAUUCCUCAAAUUCGUCUCUGGCUUUACGGCUCUGGGUUGAAGACCCUAAAAAGUUGAAAGGCAAGCACAAAGACAAUGAAGCUAUUGAAUUCAGUUUCAAUUUAGAAAAAGAUACCCCUGAGGAAGUAGCCUAUGAAAUGGUCAAGUCCGGAUUCUUCCAUGAAAGUGAUUCCAAAGCUGUCGCGAAGUCCAUCAGAGACCGGGUGACCCUGAUAAAGAAAACGAGAGAGAAGAAGCCAGCCAGCUCUUCGGAAGAACGCAGGGAUUCGCAAUGCAAGUCCGUGGGGAGCACUCUCCCUCCACCCCCGAAUCCAACUUUGCCCUCUGCUCCUGCUCCGCCCACUGCCACCGAAUGUGAAGACACUGAAGCCGAUCAACAAGUUCGACAGCAGCUUCUACAAAGACAACUGCAGCAGCAUUGCUCCUCUGUUACAGGUGACAGUUUAUCCGAGGCUGGAGCUGGAUCAGUUCCACACUCAGAUGCAAGUCAGCCCAGCACAGGCUAUUCCUCCGAGCAGAUGAUGGGCUCUCAAAUGAUUUCUAACAUCUCACAGGCCGAAAUGAAUGUUCCAGGGACGAUUUAUCCACCCCAGCAGCUAGUAGGACAUUACCAGCAGAUUUCAGGGACGCAGCCACAGCUGACUCAGCCCCAAAUUUUGCCUUUGGCUCAAGGUCAGUCCACUGUUUUGCCUGUACAUGUCCUUGGACCACCAGUCUCACAACCCCUGGUAUCCCCAUUAACUGUCCAGAAGGUCUCACAGACAAAGCCUGUAUCCCAACCAGUUGCAGCUGAUCAACAAGCAGCAAUUCUACAAUCGGAUUUAGUACGAAGUUCGCAGCAAGACGUGGCAGCUGUGAAGGAUAACAACAACACCGCUGAUAACCCAAGUGGAAAUGGCAAACAGGAUCGGACCAAACAGAGAAGAGUGUCCUGUCCUCGCCCAGAGAAGGCGACCAAGUUCCAGCUUACUGUCCUGCAGGUGUCAACCUCUGGAGACAACAUGGUAGAGUGUCAGCUGGAGACACACAAUAACAAGAUGGUCACCUUCAAGUUUGAUGUUGAUGGUGAUGCACCCGAGGAUAUUGCAGACUAUAUGGUUGAAGAUAACUUUGUGCUGGAUAGUGAGAAAGAAAAAUUUGUCGAGGAAUUGAGGGCUAUUGUCAGUCAAGCCCAGGAGAUCCUUCACGUGCACUCUGCUGCAGACAGAGCCAGUGGAGUUGACGCUGUCGCCGUAGAACCCAACAGUGGCCAAACAGGGUCAUCUGAACCAGCCCAGAUAAAUUCUGCAUCCACUCAAACCAGCAAUGAAUCCGCUCCUCAGUCAUCCCCAGUUGGUCGGUGGCGAUUCUGUAUCAAUCAAACGAUAAGAAACCGUGAGGCUCAAUCUCCUCCUUCUCUUCAGCAGUCCAUAUCUACAGUGCCUGGGCUAUAUCCACUUUCUAGUCCAAGGAAAACAAAUAAUAAGGAAAUGUCACAGGACACACUGCUCACUCCAGAAAAUGAUCCAUGCCAGCCUGCACUUUUAACCUCAGAACACAAGGAUGUGGUCGACGGUAAGAGCUCUGAAUGUGCCAGUGUAGAAACGAAGCAGCCAGCUGUAGUCCAUCAAGCGGAAGAGGACAGCCAUAGAAUGGCACCAGGUGUAAGUAGUUCUACUUACACUGCUUCUUCAGUUCCUGCAGUCCCAGUGAAAUGUGAGGGACCCACCAACGAAGCAGGAACAUUCCUGCCUGUGCUUCCCUGUCACCAAGCUGCCAGUCAGGCUAAUGUACUCACGGCACCUCCUGGCGAGUCAACUCCAAUUGCUGGUAACUCUCUUGAAACGUCAACAUUGCUGUCCGAUCAGAGGCCUCAGUCCUUAGCAGUGCAGCAGCCAACUACGGAUGCAGAGUUGAUUUCCCAAGAAGGAGAGAAAACCACAGCGAACACUGAAGCAAGUUCUCCUAAGAAGGUCAUCCCCACUCAGACCCCUGGCCACGAACCGUCUCCCCUUCUAUCCGCUACUGUCCUGGAAUCAGAUGGGGAGAGACCUCCCAAAAUGGAGUUUGCAGAUAACCGAAUUAAAACCCUGGAUGAAAAACUAAGAAACUUGCUCUAUCAGGAGCACAGCCUGACUAGCAUCUACCCUGACAGCCAGAAGGACACGCAGAGCAUAGACUCUCCAUUUGCUUCCUGUGCUGAAGAUCCGCUCCCGGGCCCAGUGCCGGAAGUCAUAGCCAUCAGCCACUGUGGCGUUCAAGACAGUCCUGCACAGUCCCCUGGUUCCCAGCAGACGGGCCCUAAGGUUCUGUCCAAUGUGGCUGCCAGUCAGCCUGCUAACAUAUCAGUGUUCAAAAGUGACCUGAAUGUGAUUACUUCUGUGCCCAGCGAAUUAUGUUUACAUGAGAUGUCCUCAGAUGCCUCACUUCCAGGGGAUCCAGAGGCCCAUCCUGCUGCCGUGCCAAGCAGUGGAGCCACUCGUCUGCACACAGGAGGUGGAUAUUUUGGCCUAAGCUUUACUUGUCCUAGUCUCAAAAAUCCUAUUAGCAAGAAAUCCUGGACUCGCAAAUUAAAAAGCUGGGCAUACAGGCUACGGCAGUCAACCAGCUUUUUCAAGAGAUCAAAAGUCCGUCAAGUGGAAACGGAUGAGGUGAUAGCCACAGUUGCUCCUGGUCCCAAUCCUUUGGCAGGAGAGUUCGCAGCUGAGAGUAGGCCUUUGAGUAGAUGCAAAUCGAUGAGUGGACCCUUCCAGCGGGGCCGCUUCCAGGUGAUCACAGUCCCUCAGUCGGAGAAAGUGGCAGGUACGGGAGCCAGACACCGCCCAGCCUUCAGCGACAGGCCAAGCCAUUCCAGCGGAGAAGCCCCGGCCUUCGCUGCCACAGCCAGGGCGCAGGUAGUAGGAGUAGAGCCCGCCACGCACCGUCCCGAGACUGCAUUCUCUCCCCAGAGCCUGGAAGCUCUCCAUGGAACCUUCCAGAAAGGUAAACCAGUUCCCAAACCGGGAGACAGUUCAUCGGAGAAGGAACUGGAAGGAAACUCGGCUACGGGAAGUAGCAUGCAGUCUGGCUCCGAACUGCGGCUCAAAGGGAGAGAGAAACAGUUGUGCUCUGCAGCCGCGCUUCCUGGCAGAGGGCACUCGGUGGCGGGGAGUCAUCCGGGGAGCGAUCAGUGCCUACGGCGGGAAGGAAAAGCCCUUGCUCAGGCAGAGAGCUCUCUUUUCUACUCACCAUCUUCACCGAUGAGCAGCGAUAAUGAGUCCGAACUAGAGGAUGAGGACUUGAAGGUGGAGCUUCAGAAAUUACGAGAAAAACAUAUUCGGGAGGUGAUAACUCUUCAGACCCAGCAGAAUAAGGAGCUGCAGGAGCUCUAUGAUCGCCUCCAGGCCAUCAGAGAUAGCAAACCCCAGUCAAUGGAGGUUCCUCUUCCGUCCGCAUCCCCACUGCGCCGGCCAAGAUCUCUCAGAAACAAACUUCGAAGCCGCCCCCAGUCCUUGACCCAAGUGGACAGUGACUCAGCUGCCCCAGACCCACUGGGUGUGGAGAGUAACACAGCAUCGAGCCAGCAAUCUCCAGCGAGUAAAAAAGGGAUGUUCACGGAUGAUUUACACAAAUUGGUAGAUGACUGGACAAAGGAAACGGUUGGAAAUUCUCUUAUCAAGCCAAGUUUAAACCAACUUAAACAGAGUCAACACAAAUUAGAGACUGAAAACUGGAGCAAAGUACAUGAAACUACUCCAUCUACUCUGAGCUUCACGCCAACAUGGAUCACUUCUCUGCCCCAAAUCCGGGCGGCUGUCCCGGCCUCCUCACCCCAAGGCCUCCCACUCUCAACGUACCCCGGGCCAUUGCCAGCGUACGGAAUGCCCCAUGUGUGUCAGUAUAAUGCCGUGGGGGCGCCCGGGUACACGGUACAGUGGGUAGGAAUCCCCGGACCAGGACCAGUUCCACAGCCUGUGGUCCUCCCUGCCCCGCCAGGGCCGCCGUUCCCGCCAGCAAUCAACUUGCCCAUGUUUCCAUCGUCCUCGCUGCAGAACCACUCCACGAACCCUCCCGGCCCCAAAUGA